UUUAUUUUUUGCUCUUCUUUUUUCAAAAACACAUUUUGGAAAGCAAAUCUUCUCUACUUAUAAAUGCAGGGUCUCCCAUCUGUGUGCUUCUCAUAAUUUUCCAUAGUAUCACCAGGAAUUUCGAAAGAAACGGCUCUUACGAUACAUGCUUGUCGGCUGAAGGAUUGAAUAAAGAUUGCAAAAAUGGCCCCGUCAUCAUCGAAAAGGAUCAAGGCAGAGUCCGAUCUUCCUCUCAUUUCUACGAAGAAUUGCCGGAGUAGGAGUAAGCUGUUGUCUGACCUUCCUGAUGACAUCCUAGAGCGCAUCUUUACGCUCUUGCCCAUCAAACAAGCAGUGCGGGCCGGAGUUGUCUCGACAAGAUUCAAGCAAGUUUGGCUUUUCAGCAGGAAGUUGCACUUUGGUAGAUGGUUCACUACGCAAAAAGGCAUCCUAGAAGCUAUCUCGAUUAUUGAUCAUGUUUUCAGGGCUCAUGCAGGUCCACAGAUCCAAAGCUUCAAGCUAUAUAUCGACCCGACUGAUAUCGAACUGAUGGUCAGGAAGUGGAUUGAAAUCUCGAUCUCGAAAGGGGUGGAGGAGAUGGAGUUAAACUUUAUCGCGGCGAGGAUUGAGCCUUUCCUGCUUUCUCGCGAUUUAAUCGAUGUCGAGUCAUUGAGAGUUUUAAAGCUGACCUUCUGUGAAAUUGAUUUUCCACCAAAUCUCACUAGUCUGCGUCUCCUGGAUACCCUGAUUCUGAAGAAGGUUGAGAUCACGGCGGAGAUGAUCGAAACCUUAAUUCUCAAUUGCACCCUCCUCGAGACUCUUGAACUGGUGCGUUGCGAUGCCAUCCGUCAGUUCAAGUUGUCCGCACAAAAUCAUAAGAGGUUUAAGGUGUUAAAGUUGGGUGAUUGCUCGAUUCUUUCGCUAGUUGAAAUCGACGCUCCGAGCCUUCGCUCUUUUCAUUUCUAUGGUCAGGUACCUCUCUUCUUCUUUAAUGAUAUAUCACAGCUGAAGGACGCAGUACUAAAUUUCGUACCCCCAAAAGGCUUCAUCAGACAUUCUUUGGUCCGGAACAUUUUGGAAGAUCUCACUAACAUCAGCGUUCUCACAGUGAACAGCAUCUUUCUCGAGGGCAUAUCUCCAAAUUAUGAAGAUCUAAAGCACAACAUACGGGGACUGCAAUUUUCGUAUCAUAAUCUGAAGGAAUUCCAAUUAAUCCUGCAAGGCGGAGUCUACUGCAAUACCUAUGAUAUUGCUGCUUUUCUCGACAAGUGCCCAUUCGUCGAGAAAGUAUUUAUCGAUCUUAAUGAAUGCUCUUUUGAAGGGAGCAUUUACUGGGAACUGCAUCAGAAGCAAGAGCUUGAGUCCUUCCGCUUUCUCUGCCGCCUCAAGUUUGUCAAAGUGAAAGGCUUCAGGUUUCAACAGCAUGAACAUGAACUGGUCAAGUUUUUCCUGCAGAAGGCGAUCAAUUUGGAGACUCUUGCUCUGGUUAGCGCGAGGAAUCAGCUUUAUCCGGGAUUUUACUCGGACGAUAUCGAGAACUAUCAAAAGUUCAUUAUGUGGAAGACUUGUCCGAGAGCGAGAGUGACGUUUUCUAACGACUGCGAAGACAAGACAACCCGCCCGACGCAUCAGAAAAUUUGGCAGACAUAAUGCAGGUUGUCCGUGAGUUAAGCAUUUAUUUGUCUUCAAGUAAGAGUCUGGCAAUCAAGCAGGAGAAUGGCAGUAACAACAUUUGAAUCUUUCUCCAACCCUUUUUUUCCUCAUUUUUUCGGUUGCAAUGGAUUGAAUUUUGCCUACCCGCUUUGUAAUUUCAGGUGAUUGUUGCAUAAUCUUUUACAAUCUGCAAUUACAAGAUGCGUUUUUUCGUCAGGCGGUUCCUGUAAAUUUCAACAGUGUGACUCCAGCAUUG